UGGGGAGGACAGCCUCCGAGGGCGGCGAUCUGCCGGGUAGCUGAGAAGCGAAGGAAGGGGUCGGCCUCCCAGUCCCAAGCCCGCGCGUCCCGCGCGUCCCCCGCGUCCCCCGCGCCCCCCGCACCCCUGCGCGAGUGCGAGCCGCCGGCGGAAGUGCUGCGUCGCGCACUUCCGGGUGUUGUCUGGUGGCUGCUACAGCCGCGCGUCUCCGGUCUCCCGGCCGCCGCCGCCGCCGCCUUGGGUCCUGGAGCCAGGAGGGACGUUACCGCCAUGGCCGGCAUCAAAGCUUUGAUUAGUUUGUCCUUCGGAGGAGCAAUUGGGCUGAUGUUUUUGAUGCUUGGAUGUGCUCUUCCAAUAUACAACCAAUACUGGCCCCUCUUUGUUCUGUUUUUUUACAUCCUUUCACCUAUCCCAUACUGCAUAGCGAGAAGACUAGUGGAUGAUACAGAUGCUAUGAGUAAUGCCUGUAAGGAACUCGCCAUAUUUCUUACAACAGGCAUUGUUGUCUCAGCUUUUGGACUCCCUAUUGUAUUUGCCAGAGCGCACCUGAUUGAGUGGGGAGCUUGCGCACUUGUUCUCACAGGAAACACAGUCAUCUUUGCAACUAUACUGGGCUUUUUCUUGGUCUUUGGGAGCAACGACGACUUCAGCUGGCAGCAGUGGUGAAAGAGACUGACUGCGGAACUGCUGUCAGGUGGACUUCUUGUGGUUGGUCGGCCCUCCGCGCGCGCACACAGGAGACGGGGCAGCGCUGCCGAGCGGGGUGGCAGGCCUCUCGGGGGUGUUCGAGGUGCUCCCCUCUCACGCGCGCGCGUUGUAAGCAUACUGUGUUCACAGAGACUUGCUAAAGGAUUAAAGGAUUUUCUCUUUUGGAAAGUUUGACUGAUUUCACACUUAUCUAUAGUAUGCUUUUGUGGUGUCCUGCUGAAUUUAAAUAUUUAUGUGUUUUCCUUGUUCACUUUUUGUUUUAAAUCAAUAUGCAAUGUUAAACAUUUUUUAAAUGUAAUAACUGUUCACAUUGGUUAGAAAUUAGAUUUCUUCUGGCUUUAUUGGGCUAAAGUAUGUCUUUUAAAAUUAUUUAACCUUCAUUGUUACAAAAAGUUAUAAAAGUAAGUUUUCAAUCAGUCAGGAUGACAUCACUCCCAAUUUUAUGCAAACAUUUAGACUGUUGGCAUACCUUAUAGGCUAUAUACUCAGCGCAAAUCUAGCUGCAUUUAUACCUCAGAAGGGCCAGGUAUUAAUGCCCGUACCCUCCCUAAGGGUUGCUGGUUUUGCCAGUAAGCAGAUGUUCUGUGAAUUGAAAAUUAUUUUAUGGAAUUGCUACAAAGGAGUGCUUUUCUUCUCAAUUGUUUGAAGAAUUUUUUGUUGAACUUUAAGGUAAGGGCAUAAAAACAGGUUUUUAAGAUACGAUUUUUAAUUGCAUUUAUGAUAAAGAGUUGCAGAUAGUUAAAGAGUUGCAUUGUGGGAGGAAACGAUGUUGAAAUCUCAUUUUUUGAAUCCUGUUUCUAUUUAUAAGGGAAAUUUCUGAUCCUCUGUCAGCCUUUCACGUUCUCCCGUGGGUAAAAUGGUCAUUCGUGGAACUACCACUGAUAAGGGAAAGUUGUAUGUUUGCAUCAUAUUUACCAGAAAAGCUUUCCCUGCUCCCUCCUUUUAAUUUAUUUUAUACAAUGUCUGUGUUAAGCAAAAUCGCUUUCCCAUAUCAUUUAAUAACACUUUACAUUGGAGGUGUGUAACCCACCUGGAGAGAAAAUGCUCUGCCAGGCACUCGCAGUGCCCUCCGCCCCACGGGCCUUGGUGGGAUUGACCAGUGGCUUGCCGGCCCUGCAGAUAAUUCCUGCAUUAACAAUUUAAGAUUUAGACUGUGGUAAUUGUAGUUCUUACUCUCUAAGGCUUCAUCAUAGGUUAUUUAAAACUAUUUAAGACAAGUUUCCUGUAUACCUCUCAAUUGUUUUCAUUUUUAUUUCAUCGUGAUAGAGCUGCUGUUUCCUCUUAACUGGCCUUCAUUGUGUGAGUUAAUGCAGAGCAGCCACAUCCAGCUGUACAGCAGCUUCAGACAUAAACCUGCCCCCAAUCACCAGGAGUGAUCCAGUUGUAGUGAUUAUUCGCAGCUCACCAUUAUCAGUACUUUUUUCAGGAGCUAGUUAUGAAAAUGCUCAAAUUGGCCUGACAGUAUUUUGUUAGGGACAUAGAUUUGUAUGUUUAUUCAGUAUACUUACAUAAAACAUUGUUUUGCCUUCAGACAAAACUGAGUAAUCAUGACAGCUAUCUUUUGUUAUUUUAUAAAGUUUAUUUCUCAAGAAAAUGGGAACAAAUUUUGGGCUUGUUCGUAUUUUUACUGAAGAUGCCUAAAGGCCACAGGUUUCAUAGCCGAGCCCAAGUUGUUGCUUGUAGCUGUGAGAUGGGAGGCAGAGGGAGGUACCUGCACGUGGUUGUCCCAUUUACACAUCAGACUGCGAGCGGCGUGCAGCGGUACAGCGCCGCAGACUUAAAGAGGAAGGUGCAGGACCACAGGAGUUAGCUGGUAAAACCACUGGGAGCUCAGGGCCUGGGGUCGACUCGAUUUCUUCUUUUGGCAGGAAGUACAUUUUCUGGUCCUUCCCCAUUUUCUGUUCUAGGAUGUCAGUGCAGGACACUGCGACUGUUUUAGUCACGUGGCCACAGCCUCUUUUUCUAACAGCUGCAUAGUCUUUCUGUAUACUAAUUGCAUUGGCAGCAUUGUGGUUUUGAUCUUGCACACUGGCUUGACAUAGUGCUGUCUUUGAUUUCUAGGCUAGUUACUUGAGGUAUGAAUUUUCCAUAGAACGUGCACUGAUACUUCAUUGCCAUUCUUCUAUGGAAACAGAACUUUUGGUGAUGAAACAAUAAAGAUUUUAAAUAUCUAUAUUUAGUUUGUGGAUGUUUUUGAAAUGAAAAUGUGCUACACACUUCAGUUUCUGAAGUACGUUAUCCAUGUUAAUAGUGUGAUACAAAACAGAUGUGACAUUAGCUAUAACGAUAGACUUGCAGAAGUUUCACUUCCAACAUAAAAUUGAAACCAUAGUAGUAAAUAUUACAAGAAAGCCCUGUGAUUUUGAGCUAUAGUAAAAAGACUGCGAAUCUGGGAAAGUAGAAUUUUUACCCAACUUUAAAAAAAAAAAAAGCCAUAGAAGGUUUUGUUGGCAUAAACAGAUUACUGAUCAUCUAAAGUCAGGGUUGUACUUGUUCUGAAAUUUCCAGAACUUUUUUAUGACUGCCAUGUCUUACUAUCUUUAUCACCAUUUAUUAUUAAUUUGUUUUUUGCAAAUAUUGCAAACAGUUAAAAGUAAAAAAUCUGUGCAGUUCAAUGUGAACAGAGAAAAGUACUCCUCUCUUAUCAGACAUGAAUCUUGUCCCAAAUUAUCCUAAUUCUAGUCUCAUUAUAUAUUUUAUAAAGUUCAGACUACGGGUUCUUAGUGUCUAAUAUGAUUUGGGGGACACUGUCCAAAUAGUCCAGGUUUCUAGAGUAGCUCUAGAGUAUUUAUAUAAAAUGUGAAUAGAUUUCAUAAGUUUCAGAUAACUUUCAACCAAUGCAACAACUCUAACAAGCAGCCAUGCAGCAUUACUGUUAAGUAAUUUGUAUGUUUUAAAUCUCAGGAUGCUUUAUGAUAUGUAAAAUUGGUAGGAAAUGCAAAUUCAUAUACUUCCCAUAUAAACCUGUAUUGUCAUUUUUCUUGGGGAAGGUUAGGAAGCUCUUAGUCUAUUGCAAUCCUCCUAAUUUCUGUCAUUCCCAGGGGACCAAACAUAAUCCUGUAAAAUACAUAUUCCAGGUAACUGAAG